AUGGCGGCUAUGGAGAAUCUAGCAAACACCAUGGAAGCUAAUGCUACUGUGACUCUACAAGCUGUGCAGAGGUUAGGCCAACCGGCAGGAAAUGGAAAUGGGAAUGUUGAAGGGAAUGGAGAUAAUAUGGGAGAUUAUACUAGCAAAUUCGAGGAGCUUUGUAUGUUCUCUAAGGUGUGUCAGGGUGCCCCGGAGACCUAUGAAAGCUGGAAAUGUAUAAAGUAUCAAAGGAGCUUGAAGGAUAGUAUCAUGAUUGUUGUGGCUCCUAUGGACAUUCGGAUCUUCUCCGAUUUGGUGAAUAAGGCGAGGGUGGUUGAGGUAUACGCAAAGAUGGUAGCCUCGUCAAAGGAAACUCACAAAGGAAACACUAGUUGGGGAUGUGGCAAGUAUUUUCAUCCGAGGGAUCAGAGUUUCAAGAGAGGAGGAUAUGCGCCUCAAGGACAAGGAGGCUUUAGAAAGAACACUCCUAAUCAGUUUCAGUAUGCUAAAGGGAGAGGACAUCGGAGUGGUUGCUUCAACUAUGGCUUGCCUGGCCACAUUGCGAGAGAUUGCACUCGUGGAAAGAACCCGAAUGCGUGUCACAGUCAGCACCAAAGGCGAGUAUUUGCUGUGAAUGCCAAGGAUGCUUCUAAGGCGAAUCCUCUAAUGAGAGGUAACUGUCUAAUUAGCAAUAAAGUCUUGAUUGCAUUGUAUGAUACUGGAGCUUCGCAUUUGUUCAUUUCAUUUGACAACGUUGAGGAACUAGGCUUGAAAGUGUUAGAAUUGGCAUUUGAUUUGCAUGUACAUACUCCGCAUUAA